AUGGAGAUGAACUAUGAUGCCAGCGCUCUUCACCAGCUCGAGGAGGAGCUGGGGACGACGAUCUAUCCCGGCACGGAGAUCAUGGCCGAUGUAGGCGUCCACCACUUCAUCCACUCUUCAGUCAAGUCCGACCGCGUGCUGGUGCCCCAGCCAUCUAAUGACAAACAUGAUCCACUGAACUGGAGCCGCUUUUGGAAGAUGAGUGCCAUGGCGAUUUCAACGGCGACCUCGUUCAGUCAAGGCAUAGGACCCCUGGCUCUAGCGCCCAUGUUUCCCCAAUUAAUGGAGGCCUUCAACUCCGACUUGGCCGGUGUGGUGCAGUUCACUGGUGUCUGUAUUUUGGUGCUGGGCUUCAGCAAUUUCUUCUGGAUCCCCAUUCAGACCUCGUAUGGCCGUCGCCCAGUUCUGAUCUUCUCGACCUUGAUUUGCCUCGUCAGUAAUAUUUGGCGUGCCCUUGCAACUUCAUACGGCAGCUACAUGGGCGCCUGUAUUCUCAAUGGGUUCGGUGCAGGCCCGGCUGAGACCUCUCAACCCGAGAUCAUCGCGGACAUUAUGUUCCUUCAUGAGCGUGGUGCUUACAACACCCUCUACUUUACGGCUUACUUUGGAUCGCUCAUGGUCGGUCCUAUCAUUGCUGGUCCCAUGGCAGAGCACGUUGGCUGGCGCAGCUUUUUCUGGCUGAAUGUCGGCGUCCUGGGAGUCGUCCUGCUUUUCCAGAUCUUCCUUUUUCCGGAAACCAAAUGGCGCCGUGUUCAUCCCGAUGAUGUCGCGAAUGAAGCCAAUAGCACGUCCACAACAGAGAUUAUGGCUGAAAAGCCUGUCGAGAUCACCCAGCAGGAAAACAUCAACGUGGAAACUGCCGCACAGCAAGACCCAUAUCUGCACCACGGCAUGCCAUCGAAGCAACAGUUCAAGCUGUGGCAACUGGAUGGGAACAACCUCAAAACUGUCCUGCUCAGCUUUUGGAUUCCUUGGAAGUUGUUGAGCUUCCCUAUCGUUGAGCUGGCAGCCUUUGUGGUGUCCUGGUCAGCCAGUUGCUUCUUGACGCUAAAUUUGACCCAGAGUCAGGCCUUCGCGGAGCCUCCCUACAACUUCAACAGUCAAACAAUCGGGUUCUUUAACUUUGCUAUUCUUAUUGGAGCCUUCAUCGGCUUGGCCACCAAUGGUCUUCUCUCAGAUUGGAUAUCGAUGAAGUCCACUAUUAAGAACAAGGGCAUUCGAGAGCCCGAAAUGAGACUGCCGGCCAUGGCGAUCUACGUGGUGAUUAUGAUCAUAGGAAACUUCGUCGUCGCCUUUGGCUACCAGUACAAAUGGGACUGGAAGGUGAUUGUCAUCAUUGGCUACACAGCCGCUGGAAUCCAAGUUGCUGCUCUUCCAGCCAUCGCCAGCACUUACGCCGUCGACAGCUACAAGCCCGUCGCCGGCUCGAUAUUCGUGUCUAUUACCGUCAACAAGAAUGUCUGGGGGUACGGCUUUAGCAAGUUCAUCACUCCGUGGGUCAUGGAGAGCGGCUUUGUCAAACCCAUCAUGGUCAACAUGUGUCUGACAACGUUGUGGUGUCUCUGUGCCAUCCCAUUCUACUUCUAUGGCAAGAGAUUCCGAGGUUGGACGGCAAAGUCUUCGGUGCACAAAAUGUAG